GUACGCCUAAGGCAGGGCCGCAGGGCCGCAGGGCGUCGGGCAGGGCCGCAGGGCCGCAGGCGUAGUUGUGUGCGGGGUGUGUGCAAUGGCACCUAUGAAAGGGACUAGAGAACAGCAGUUUGUCCUUGUCAGUAAGGACAAACAGAGGCAGGCGGAGCUGAAGUUCUGUGGAUUCAAGUAGAUCACGAAGGGGCAAACACUGUCGAACUCCAAUGGGAAUUUUCUCAUGGAGUGCAAAUUGUGCGGUCGGGGGUUUCAGGGCAGUCAAUCGAAGGCCGCACAACACUUUACAAUAAAGAACAACUGUUCUAAAGUCACCGCGGAGCAGCUCGCGGAGAUUUGGAACAAGACAAACUACUCGUUCGAUCACAGCCAUCAUCGGAAGAUCCUCGACUUCCUCAGGUCUCGUGGGUUUCGAGACAAUAGAAAUACUUCGGGGAGGGAGCAGGCGAGGGAGGAGGAGUACGACGACAGCGAUGACGAGAGGAGGGCGGUCGAGGGGGGAGGUGAUGAUAGUGACAGCGAUUCACAAGACAUGGAGGCGCGGCGAGAGGCGGAGCGCGCCAGGGGUAAGAUGAGGGGGGACAAGGCCGUUGACGAGGACAGCAACCCGAACGAGCAUGACGACGACGACGAUGACGACGACGAUGAGGGCGCAGACAUUGGGGCAUCUCUUGAUGGGGGUUUGAUGGUCGCUGGCCGUCGAGGCCAAGAAGGGGCUGUCAAAGCGAUAAAGGUGGCCGCGCAAUCGAAGAAGAGAAAGAGGAAGGCAACAACACCAGCUCCUCCUCUGCCGAAGAAGGGCAAGGUCCUUCGACAGACAUCCAUGAUGGAGACCUUCGAUCCGGUGUGGCAACGGGAGUUUUCGAACGAGUUCCUGCAAUGGUGGACUGUGCAGCGUGACAGUGAUGUUCAAGAGACAGUCGAGGUCGUGGUGGAGCGAUGGAAGGACGUGUUCGACAAGUUCGGUGUCGAAAACGUCAACGCCAUUUGCACUGAUUCCACGUCCAUGUAUGUGGCUGCAUCCAAGCUCCUCGCGAAGGAGGAAGUCAAGUACAGUCGUAUUUCUUGGCUUCCGUGUGCGGUCCAUGUCUGCAACUUGUUCUUGUCAGACAUUGCGAAGGACGGCAUACGUGGGAAGCUUGGGAAGAGGGAGGGCACCAUCAUCAGGGCUCGAGCAGUCGUGCGUUUCAUCAGAGAGCACGGGGCGGCUCUCAGCCUUUACCGACGUUUCUCUGCCGCCCACCCCUCUUCCGCCUCCGCAGUUGCGGCCAGUUCCAACGCUGCUUCACCCUCGUCUCAACGGCGAGGCAGAAAGUUUGUGUACCCCGCACAGACGAGGUUUGCUACGUACUACUUGAUGCUGGAGAGGUUGUUGGAUCGUCACCGAGCGUUGGAGUCUUUGAUGAUGAGCGACGAUUGGUUGCGGACUGCAUGGAGGAGGUCCAUUUUCUUGCAGGCCAGGUGGGUGCGUCAUCAGGUGCAAAAAGCGACAUUCUCGGAGCACGUGGAGGACAUUGUGGAGCUCAUGACGCCUGUGAUGCAGCUGCUGCGACGUUUGGACAGAGGGGGGCGCGUGAUGACUCGCAUGUGGUCGUGGGCACUUGCCAUGGUCGACAGAGUGGUGAGGGCGAGACUGAACAGGACGUCGACGGAGGAGCUCAACAUCGUUUUUCAGGCUUGUCAAGCGUGGUGUCACACUUUUUCCAGUCGGACCGCUUCAGGCGACCGGAAAACCAACAGGCUGUCACGCAGGAUUUUGAUUGUGAUUGCAAUAAAUAAAAUAAAUUAAAUAAUGCAAAUCCCUUUCUGUUGUGUGCGUCCGGCUUCGAGCGAGA